UUUCAUGCAAAAACGCAUCGAAUGAGCCUAAUUUCAUUAAAAUCGGUGAGGUCGGCCGUCAUCUCCGUAAUUACCAUUUUUUUUAAAGAACAUGACAAUUAUUUUUAAUGUCAUCAUAAAAUGUCUCAAGACAAGAUAGUUGGCGUUGACAUUCUCUUGGAAUUUUUGGAAGUAGCGUUCAAUCACAUCUUAUUCUUUCGCAAAAUCUAUCCUAAGGAAAUUUUUGUUAAGAAAAAGAUAUAUGGAAUUACAGUGUAUGUAUCAGAACAUCCAGAAUUGAAUGAAUAUUUAUCAAAUGUUCUGAAUGCAAUCAGAGAACUGAUAAAGGAAGAUGAAAACAGUAUUAGAGCCAUCAAUCUUACCUUCUACAAUAAGAACAAGUCACCAAUAGAAAAAUUUGUCUUUAAUAUGGUUAAAUUGCAGGCAGAGUUUAUGGAGAGAGAUCCAUAUUAUUUAAAAACAGAAGAAGCGCUGAAAACAAUUUGCUUAAAAUUAUCAAUGAGUGAUACAUACUUAAAAGCUAUUCCAGACAAUUCAACUUUUUCUAUUGAAAUUCAAACAUAUGAAACUGCACAUAUUACUCUGAGCGAAAAUCCAAAAUGUGAAGAUUUUCCAUGGAUUAUUAAAGAUAAUGCAGUAGAAAUGAUCAAUAAAAAUCUAUUGCCAUUAAAGGACAUCAAAACAGAUUGUUUAAACUUGCAACUUUAUGUGAUUGAGGAUACAGCAAACAAAAUCUAA